CCCGGCGGCUGAGCACUACUGGAUCCCACACGCCAGCCAGCCACGCCCCUUUCCCCCUGCGACGCGAGUGGCGCUGCCCGGCCCCGCCCCUUGACGCUCGAAGGGGGCGUGCCCACACCACGUGACGGGGAGUGACCUCGCCGCCUGGCGCCAUGGGGGCUUCGGACCCGGAAGUGGCGCCUUGGGCUCCCGGCGGCGCCGCGGGGAUGGCGGGAGCCGGAGCUGGAGCAGGAGCUCGCGGCGGCGCGCCGGCGGGAGUCGAGGCCCGCGCUCGCGACCCGCCGCCCGCGCACCGCGCGCACCCUCGCCACCCCCGGCCCGCGGCUCAGCCGUCGGCGCGCAGGAUGGACGGCGGCGCGGGGGGUCCGGGCUCCGGGGACAACGCCCCGACCACCGAGGCGCUGUUUGUGGCGCUGGGCGCGGGCGUGACGGCCCUCAGCCACCCGCUGCUCUACGUGAAGCUGCUGAUCCAGGUGGGUCAUGAGCCGAUGCCCCCCACCCUCGGGACCAAUGUGCUGGGGAGGAAGGUCCUCUACCUGCCAAGCUUCUUCACCUACGCCAAGUACAUCGUGCAGGUGGAUGGGAAGAUAGGGCUGUUCCGGGGCCUGAGCCCCCGCCUGAUGUCCAACGCCUUGUCCACUGUGACCCGGGGCAGUAUGAAGAAGGUUUUCCCUCCAGACGAGAUGGAGCAGGUUUCCAAUAAGGAUGACAUGAAGACGUCACUGAAGAAAGUUGUGAAGGAGACAUCCUAUGAAAUGAUGAUGCAGUGUGUGUCGCGCAUGCUGGCCCAUCCUUUGCAUGUCAUCUCAAUGCGCUGCAUGGUACAGUUUGUGGGACGGGAGGCCAAGUACAGUGGCGUUCUGAGCUCCAUUGGGAAGAUUUUCAAGGAGGAGGGGCUGCUGGGAUUCUUCGUCGGCUUAAUCCCUCACCUCCUGGGCGAUGUGGUUUUCUUAUGGGGCUGUAACCUGCUGGCCCACUUCAUCAAUGCCUACCUGGUGGAUGACCGCGUGAGUGACACCCCAGGGGGGCUGGGGAACGACCAGAACCCAGGUUCCCAGUUCAGCCAGGCCCUGGCCAUCAGGAGCUAUACCAAGUUUGUGAUGGGGAUUGCAGUAAGCAUGCUGACCUACCCCUUCCUGCUUGUUGGAGAUCUCAUGGCUGUGAACAACUGUGGGCUGCAGGCUGGACUCCCUCCUUAUUCCCCUGUGUUCAAGUCCUGGAUCCACUGCUGGAAGUACCUGAGUGUGCAGGGCCAGCUCUUCCGUGGCUCCAGCCUGCUUUUCCGCCGGGUGUCAUCAGGGUCAUGCAUUGCCAUGGAGUAACCUAAGUCACCUGACCAAACAUUUAUGGGGUCUUGGCCUACCCCUGGUGAGGGCCCGUCAUCUCAGAUGCCUGAGGGACUCCAGCCCAGCCUGGCUUCGUGUCUGUAUUUGCCGUGUGUCUGUCCAGAUGUGGGGCUGCUGGAGGUGGUUCACCUGGGACCUGGGGAAAGCCUGGGGGAACAGUGCUGGGGAGGAACCCCUUCCUGCCCAGAGGUAGUUGAGUCUGUCUUGUGUAAGGGCAGAGAAAGGCCAUGGAGGCAAAGGUCACAGGCAAGGCUUACAGGAUCAGGUCCCUCCACCUCCAGCCCAGCUCCCCCUGCCCCUCAGCCAGAGGCACCUGCUCCUGCUGUGUAAAUAGGGCACCGUCGUGUCUCAGCCUGUGCCGGGAGGUUAACGCUGUGUUCUGUCCUUGUUCUCAACACUACUUUUCCGACCCAAGGGCAGUGCCUUCUCCUGAUUGGGAAAUCACGUGACUCCUCAGAUUACCCCCCCACGCCCCCCAUCGCUUGUCUGUAAUGGUGAGGCCGGGUGUGAGGGUUCCGUCUCCUGGGCGGUGUGUGCGGACGCACGCACGGGUUACGCAGGCUGAUCGAUGUCUAGGCCUCCCCUCAUGGUAAGAUAGGACCCCUUCUCCUCGAAUAAAUGUGUUGGCGGUGAUUUGGA